CGUUUAAGGAAGUACAUGCGAGAAUGAGCGUGUAGUGACAGCCAAGUAUACCAUGUAUAGAGCUAUGCUGCAGCCUGCUAAUUUGACACAACUUCUGGCUAUAUGUGAUGGACCGAGAAUCGAUAUUUGUACAGUACCCGUGUUCGAAAAUUCUAGCGAUUUCUAUUCUCAGCAGUUAGCCAGAAGAGGCGAUGGAGCGGAGGAGACCAGUUCAGCGUUUAAAUUCACACCUCAGAGAAUUCGGUUAGACAGAGACGAUGAGUUCUUUGCGGACGGCGAUGUGCACCGACACUUGUACUUGCAGGAUCUUGUGACAGCUCUUACAGACGAGUCUCCACUAUUAAACAUUUCAGAAUUCCAGUGUCACAUUGCUGGCUGUAAGCAGCUCUUCGACACUCUUGAAGGAUACGAGCACCAUUACAAUUCACUUCAUCGCCAUGUGUGCUCCAGCUGCAAGCGCUCCUUUCCAUCUAACCGUCUGCUGGAUAUACACAUUUUAGAGUGGCAUGACUCUCUCUUUCAGGUCAUGGCAGAGAGAGAGUGCAUGUAUCAGUGUUUGGUUGAGGGAUGUGGACUGAAAUUCCAAACCAGCAAAGAAAGGAAAGAGCAUCUGAUCACAACUCACAGCUAUCCGUCAGACUUCAGAUUUGACAAACCAAAGAAAAUCAAAAGAGGAAAAAAUGAGGAAAAGAUUUCUCAGCAGGAGAAAAUGUGUCUGACAAGGCCUGGAAAUGUAGUUAGUCAAAAAGAAUUAGAAAAUUGUGAGAUGGAUUUUUCUCUGUCGCAAGAGUCAGAGGGCCAUGAGCCUGUCCUUCCUGAGCAACAAAAGCCACAUUAUUCAUACAAGGUGCCACCAACUAUUUGCUUUGGCCAUGGCUCAGUCAGAGGCUUCAGAGGUAGAAGGAAAAAGAAGUAGAGUGAAGCUUGCAUUUUUUACAUACUUCAUAUUUUAUAUAUGUGCACACAUUUAUGUGGGACCUGAUAUUGGAGUGCUAUUUUUACAAUUAAAAAAUAAAAUCCUGAA